AUCAAGGAAUAAAGACGUCGGCCGUUAUAUUGGAUUGCGUCGCCCCUUUUUCUCGGUUGCGUUCGGUUUUCCAAUCAUUUCCACUAUAUCGCUCUCUCGUGGGCACUCGAUAGCACUUAUAUUUUUUUUUGGCCACCGGCAGACCGCGAACGGAUUGACGAACGUACAAACGGACGGAUUGUCGGUAGUGGCGCUGUGGUCCGAAGCCAAUCACACCGGCACUGGUGCGUCAGUCCAGAUUCUGCGGUCAUUGGCGACGGUUGAUGCGUACGGGUCAUCCACCAUUCGGCGAAAAUUGGUCGCGUCCAAAAUCAACGAUCAACGUGCGACUUUGAUGUUGGCGCGCGGUCAUCGCGAAACACGAACUGGGACAGAGUUUAGUUACUAAUGGCCCAACUGGUGAAAAGUUCUUCCGCUCCGAACGAUACAAACGAGACACGACUGCGGUACCGUAAAAUCGAUUCUUCCGGUCGUUUGGUCCAUUAAAACCAUCCACACCGACAAAUCGAAGCUACUCUAAAAGAAAUCGAUCAUAAAAAAAACGUUGCCGCCUCGAUUCGAACAGCUACCGGCCUAAGCAAUUAAAAACUGAAACGUGAAAUCACAAAUCGUAGAACAAAAAUUGAUGCACGGUAAGAAGUGAAUAACGAUCCAGAUGAAACAGUGAGAGCGGAAUCAAUUAAGAAUAUCUGUUCCCAUAAAUUAUGAGAUUAUGGUAAUUGAGUGUUUAGUGUGUAAACGAUGCAUGUUUAUUCUGUGUUGAUACGCCCGUUUAUUGAAUCAUAAUUACAUAGCUCCGGCUUUGGCCGAUCGCUCGUCGAGUCUAGUGAAGUCAGUGCGAAUACACGGUGCCAUCGUUGGUGGAAGAAGAUAGAGGGCAGGUAAAAAAAACGUAAUAAAUUGUGCAUCAGAACAGCUUCUAGGGCCACUUUUUGUACGAUCAGCCAACGACAGCCUCUAGGAGCCAUCCGCUGCCACCGGGACUGUCUACUGGGAUGGAAGCAUAAUAGUCGAAAAAUGUAUAGAAAGGCUAUGCAUUCGUUGUGAAAACUGACUUUACAACCGAGGCCCGAAGCGCAGAGUGUCAUAUACCAUUUGACUCAGUUCGUCGGGAUCACAAAAUGUCUGUCUGUGUGUAUAUCAUCAACCGUUCGGAAGACGCUACCGCUUGCCAACCCACGCCGCCCAUUGAUGCAAUGCCGGUAAGCGCUGUUAUGAAACAAUGCUGCCACUUCUCACCUGGGCAUACUUACGCAAAUACGUUGCGUUUCAUCACCAUCUGGAGUCUGGAGCAUACCAAUCUGUCACAGCUUUCACGCAACUUUCUGGGAACGCCAAGCAUGAAUACGGAUUCCAACAUGCUGCCACCGAACGAGACCAUCAAUGUCGGAAUGACGACGCCUCCGAUAUUGGGGGAGUAAGACCUGGUGGUUCAGUUCAUCAUAGCCAGCAACUUAGCGUGGGGCAAGGUAUCAAACUACCCCUGGAGGGGGGCGGGACCGAGAUCGUAAAUCUAAAUCACCGCAACGCAAACGAUAGCAGCACUUUUAUUAUGCGAUUUAGUGAUAACAGUAGCAGUUUGUUGAUAACCGAGCAAAGUGCUGUCAUCGAGGUGAGUGGAGUGGCUGGUGUCGGCAUUUCUUGUGGCCGCGUGCCCGCACUGGUCUGUGGUGAUCCGGGGGCGGCAUCCAGCGGCGGGGUGGCGGGUGUUGUGCGACCUUCUGGUCCCACUGGGGCAGGUGAUGCGCUGAGUAUGAGCAUCACCCCGGCACUUUCGCAGGUCUUAUUAGCGCCCACAUCGACCAGCGGAACUGGUGCCGUCAUAUCCGCUGCUGUCGCGGCCACCAAAGUCGGAACGGCAAACGAAAACGUGACGAGCGAAGAGAUAAAUUCCUUUUAUUUUUAUGAGACUGAACAGUUUGCAGUAUUAUGGGCCCUUUUCACCGUAAUAGUUCUGGGGAACUCGGCCGUACUAGUAACGAUGCUGUUGAACAAAAACCGCAAAUCUCGGAUGAACUUUUUCAUCAAGCAGCUCGCAAUAGCAGAUCUUUGCGUGGGACUGCUGAGUGUACUGACGGAUAUAAUUUGGCGGAUGACGGUCUCGUGGAGAGCCGGAAAUGCCGCGUGCAAGGCGAUUCGAUUCGCUCAAGCUAGCGUGACCUACGCUUCCACCUAUGUCCUGGUGGCCCUCAGCAUCGAUCGGUACGACGCAAUCACACAUCCAAUGAAUUUCUCCGGGUGCUGGAACCGUGCCCGUCGACUAGUCGCUGCAGCUUGGAGUUUGAGUGCACUUUUCUCGCUUCCAAUUUUCUAUUUGUACGAGGAACGGUCAAUACAGGGACGCAAGCAGUGCUGGAUUGAUUUGGUUGAACCGUGGCGGUGGCAGGUCUACAUGUGCUGGGUGGCCACCUCGCUCUUUGUCCUACCAGCGUUGAUCAUUUCAGCGUGUUAUGCAAUCAUCGUCAAGACGAUUUGGGCCAAGGGAGCCAUCCUGGGACCAACCGACCGAACCCGCAACGGGAUGGCAGAUUUGGCGAGCAGAAGAGCAAGCUCCAGAGGCAUUAUUCCAAAGGCAAAAGUGAAAACGGUCAAGAUGACCAUCGUGAUAGUGAUAGUAUUCGUGCUGUGCUGGUCACCGUAUAUCGUGUUCGAUCUGCUACAGGUGUUUGAGCAGAUUCCGCAAACGCAGACCAACAUCGCGAUAGCGUCCUUCAUCCAAAGCUUGGCACCGCUCAAUUCGGCUGCCAAUCCGCUGAUUUACUGUUUGUUUUCGACACAAGUCUGUCGCAUGAUCAAACGAUUGCCUCCAUUCCGUUGGUUGCUGGAUUCCAAGUGGUGCUGCAAGGGAGCAAACGGAGGUUCACGGCGGCCAAUGCGGAACGGCAUCAUUCUCAACGGUGGUCCGAGAUUGCAGAAUCACAACAGUAGCGACUCGAUGAGAACGCUGACCACAUCGUUGACGGUUUCUCAGCGGUCCUGCAUCCGGCCGUCCCGAGUCGUCAUCGUCGAGCGGCCGAAGGUGGUUGUGGCCAUGUCUGAAGUUUGAGCGCAUUUCUGUCUCUAGUUUCUAAGUAUCAUCUUAUAUAUGUAUUUGCUGAGUGUCAGUCUGAGCUGUCUGAUAGGGUAUAAAUAUUUAUUGGCUUGUAAAUAGGAGUGUUUGACAUACAUAAGUGUAACUACAGGAACAUUUUAAAAUAAUCUAUUUGUAUGAACAAGAGACUAUUAAUGAUAUUGUAUUCAAUGAAAAUAAAUCAAAUAAACGUGCUGUGACUAAUUCGAAAUGGUUUCGAAAAGUUAGUAGACAAUGUGUUUGGAGAAAAUGACACUUAAAUAGAAGUGUACAUCUUGCUUGAUUAUAAUGACAAAUUAGGUGAACGUGAAGUUAGGAACGUGAGUAACGAACCUAUUUGAAUAAUUCGACGAACGAAAAUUGCUGGGCAAUUAGCCAAACCAAAACCAACUGCUGAUGCGAAAAUAUGAGACGAAAUAAAAAAAAUGUGAACAAUUUGGUUUAGUGUACUCAAGCUUUGACCUUCUUGCGAACGAAGCAAAACAAAAUAUUUGUAUCGAAAUAACACGGAAAGGUUGAGAGCGCGAGGUCAAGAAUUACUGUUUGCGAAUAUGACAUUCAAAAAAGCUGCUAAAUAGUUUUUUUUAUGAACUGCUCCAAAACAAUUCGUUUGUGUUCAGUUCUUUAAUUUGGAUUUGCAUAUGCAUGUCAGUCAGUCUUGAGAUGUCGAAUUUUCAACCAGAAAUGCUUGGUGUCAGUGUGCUAUAGCGAAAAAAAAUAGAAUUGCCGUAUUUUUGAGACCAUGUUUUCCGUGCCCAAAAAAUGUACGACGGUACCAAAGAACAGGCUAACAAGUAUGAGAAACAACAGCACUUAGCAAAGCUAAAUGGAGAAACACGAAACAUCGGCAGCAUGUUUUCAACCACAAUCUGGUGCAUAAUUGAUCUUGGGGGUCCCAUGUCUCACAAUUGCUGCCCCGCAACAUGUCAAAGCAUAUAUAUGUGUGUGUGUAUGAAUGUAAAUACGUUCCGUUCAUGUUUUAUUUUUGAACAUUGAAUCGUGAUCGGAACUUGAAAUCGUGCAAAACCUGAAACCAGUGUACAAUAA